AUGUUAAAAUCUGUAAAUAGGAUAAAUAAAAAGUUGAUAUAUAAGUUGCAUCUAGAAAAUGAUAAAAUAAUAGAUAUGCCGAUGUUUUUAGUAGACGAUCUAUAUAUUCGAAAUAAAGAGGAAUUAAUUUGUUUAUUAAAACAUGCUAUAACAUUUAAUAAAAAUGAUUUUUUAUAUAAUUAUAAAAGAGUGUUAUUAAAAGAUGAUGCUUUGAGAAAUAAUAAGAUUGAAUACUCUGGAAUUUUCGAUCAAAACGGAAUAGAAAAUGAUAAUUAUACUGAUGAAUAUAUAGCAGCUAAUAAAAAUAUCAAAGAUAAAAAUGUCAAUAAAAAAAGUAGUAAUAAUUCAUGUGUAGAAUUGGAGAUAAACAAGAUAAAAUGUGAUGAUACAUUAAAUAAUAUUAUUAAUGAUAUGAAUAUAAAUAAAAAUUAUAAUAGUGAUUAUAUAAGAAAGGAAAAAAAAAAUUUGUUUUUUAAAAAUAAAGAUAAAAAAUUAUCCCAAAUUUUGAAUCCAUACAAAUAUGAUAAUGAAGAAUAUAACGAAUUAAUAAAUUGUUUAUCAGAAAUAAAUGAAUAUGAAGAAAAUUAUAAUUCUAACUAUUUGUAUUUUUAUGAAAAUAUAAUGAAUGCUAUGGAUAAACCAAUUGAAAAGGAAAUUGUAGAAAAUGAGUCCACAGAAAAUUAUAUACAAUAUAUUGAUAAUAGAAAAAAAAUAAAAGACAAAAAUAUAUUAAUGGGAAAAAAAAUGCCAGAGUACUAUUCAUUAAUUGGAUAUAUUCCUAAUAAUUAUUUUUUUUACAAUUAUAAAAAUAGAAUAAUAUCUUUAAUCGAAUAUUUAUCAUAUACUGAUAUUUGUUCACUUAUUUAUUUAUAUAGUAGGAGUGAACAAAUUGAUUUUUCAAUAUUAACAAUAUUAGGAAAACAAUAUAUAAAUAAAAUUGAAAAAGAUAAAAAAUAUAAUUAUAAGAAUACGAUAAAAUUGUUAAAUAUAUUUAUAAAAUUAAGUUAUAAAAAAAAUGAAAUGCAAUAUAUUAUUAAAAAGUUAUUAAAAAGUUUAUAUAUGUGUACUUAUUGUGGAGAUUUAAAAAUAGCUACCUUACAUUUUGUGUGUUUAUCCAAGCUAAAUUUAUAUAAUAUAUUAUUUUAUGAUUAUAUAAAUAUAUUUUUAAAAAAUAUAAAUAACCUUUCACAUUUAUCAUGCUCUAUAAUAUUACAAUGUUUAGGAUAUUAUCGAUAUUAUAUGAUAACAAGUAGGAACUACAUUUUUAAAUUAGUAAAAGAAUUUAAGCAAAAAUUUGUGAGUGAAAUUGGAAAAAAUAUAUUUCAAAAUAAGGAUAUAAAUACAAUAGAGAAAGAAAAUGAAUGGAAAAAAAUUUUAAGAAAUAAAAUAGAAAUACAAAUUUUAACAUUUCAACAUGGAAAAAAAAAUAUAGACUUAAUAAAUGAUAUAGAGAAUAAAAUAAUUGAUAGAUUAACAAAAAUCAAUUUAGAUGAUAUUUCAGAAAAAUCAAUUGGUAAUAUUUUUCACUUUUACUAUUUAAUUAAUAAAAAAAUACUAACAAAUAGUGAUCAUAUAUUAUUUUUUAAUUUAGUUAAUGUUUUAAUAAAAAAUAAAAUAAAUUUUCAAAAACCUCGAUCGUUUCUUAUGUCAUCAUACACAUUAAUUAUAUAUAAAUAUUUUACAAAUAUAAAUAUAUCUUGUUAUUUUUUAUUACAAUGUUCUAAAUUAAUUAAAAUAUUGAAAAAAGAAUUUUAUAUGAGCAAUUUGUUGUUUGUAUUAAUUGGUUUUUCUCAAAACCAGCUUAUUUUUUAUAAAAAUAGGAAUAAUAAUAAUGAUAAUAGAAAUAAAAAUAAUUUGAAUGCUUCUGAAAAUAAUUUUAUUGGGAUUUCCGCAAGUAAUAUAAAUGAUAACUAUCCUGAGGUAUAUAUUGAUAAGAAAUAUAAUAAAUUAUGUAAUUUUAAAAUCGAAAAUAAAUAUAAGGACAUGACUGAAAUGUGUGAAUAUAAAAUAAAUUGUUUAGAAAAUAAAUUAUCUAAACCAGUUAGUUCUAGAUCAGCUAUUUUAUCCAUAUUUAACGAAAUAACAAAUUUAGAAUAUAAAUUAAAUAUCGAACAAAUGCGUAUGUAUCUGCUCCUUUUUUCAAGUUUUGAUAUAAAGCUUUCAUCCGAAAUUAAACAAAAAAUAUUAUCUCUUAUUAUUAACGAUUCGAAAAGUUUAGUUUAUUUACCUCAUAUUAUUAUUCAAACUUCUAUUAAAAUUUUUGGCAUUUCUAGUAAUUAUAUGAAAACUAUAUGCUUAAGCCUUUUAGAAAAAAUGAAUUUUGAAAUUAUGAAAUUUUUUAAAAUUAUAAAAAGUGAUGAAAAAACAUUUUUGAAUUAUAUAAAAAGUGAACAACAUGAAGAAAUUCAAGAUAGCGAAAAAAGGCAACAAUUUUGUAACUAUUUAUGGGAUUUAAAUAUAUUAUCGGAAAUUCUUUUUAUAUUUGAUCAAAUUGAUAUAAAUAAAAGCGAUUUUAUAGUAAACAUUGUAAAUUUAAUGUGUUUUAAUAAUUUUUUAAUUUUUAAAUAUAAAAAAAAUAGUUUUAGUUCAUAUGUUUACUUUCUUCAUUAUAUUGGAAGUAAUAAACUUGACACAGAAAGCUACAAAAAAUUGUCUGAUUUUAUUUUUAUCAACUUAAGUGAUUAUAUAGAUUUAUCUUAUAAAUAUUAUUUAAAAAAUCAUGUAGAAAAACUCACAAAUAUAAGAAAUAUAAAUGGUUUUAACAAAACUAAUGUGGAUAACUCUAUUGAAUAUGAUAUAUUUUUUGAUGAAGUAGAUCAUAAAAUAAUAAUGGAUAAAAUUUAUGUAAAAGAUAUUUUGUUAUUGCUCGAUGCAAUUAGAAUUUUAAAAGCUUACAAUUAUGCCUCACUUCUCUCUAAUUCUGUUUCUAUGCUAAAUACAGAUAAAAUUAAGACACUUUCGGACGAAGAUAUUGAAUUAGCAAACUACAUAUUUAUAGACAUGGGGCUAUAUAAUAAAUAUAUAAUGGAUGAAGUAAAAAAUAGAGGAUUGACAAUAGGCUUGAAAUAG